GUCUACCUACUCGCCAAGAUGGUAAAACCAAAAGAUGCCGCAGAGGCAACACCAGCGCGACCUCCACCAUCGUUAAAGAAGCAGAACUCCAGUGCAGGUUCCGCAUCAGGUCAACGAUCAAUCAUGAAUUUCUUCACCAAAGCACCUGUGAGCAGCACUCCCAGCUCUUCUGAUGGAGCCUUGAAAACCAACGCGGGCAAUGCCAAAAGCUCAAUGGCCAAACCGACCGCUCCUCCCAAGAAGCCCGCUUUCAGGAAACCCACCGUCAAGAGCAUGACGCCUGUUCCAAGCAGCGACGCGGCUGGCCCAUCCAGCUCUCAGGAGAAUGAGAAUGGCGGCAUUCCGGAAGAAGAGGUAGAUAACCGUCUGCCCUCACCUACGACGCCUGCUAAGAGAGUCAUCCAGCAGGUUUUCAACGGGAAUCCAGCGGGUAGCAGCCCUUCACGAAAGGCCAAGAAGGUUGUGAGCUACGCAGAAUCCGACGAUGACGAUGAAGAUGCCUUUGACCCAGCCGGCAUAUCAACGCAAAGAAAGAGAAUGCGAAAGCCCAUAAUCGCAGACGAUGAAGACGAGGAGGACGAGUUCGUUGGGGGCAUGGAUGGAGCUAUUGAUGAAGAUGAAGAGAUGGAUGAUUUUAUUGUUGACGAUGAUUCCGACGCGCCAGCGAAGCCCUCAAAGAAACGUAAACGUCCUACAACCACCACCACCUCCCGUAAGCGUUCAAAUGUCACUCCGCCUACACCAGCCAAUGCCGAUGAGGAUGAGGAUGAGGAUGUUGCUAUGGACAUCCCUGAACCCUCCACCGCACAACAGUGGAAGUAUGACCCCGAGAACACGGAACCGCUCCAACCAAGAUCUACAAACAUUCAAAAGAUGCCGACUCGCAAGCCAGGUAAGGAAAAAGCUCACAAGACCGAACCUGACCAGCGAUACCCUUGGUUGGCAGACCUUGCAGAUAUCGACCGCAAUCCAGUCGGCCAUCCAGACUAUGACCCACGAACCGUAUAUAUUCCUCCCAUUGCGUGGAAUCAAUUCUCUGCAUUCGAGAAGCAGUACUGGACGAUCAAGCAGAAGUUCUGGAAUACCAUUGUCUUCUUCAAAAAAGGCAAAUUCUACGAGCUCUACGAGAUCGAUGCUACGAUCGGUCAUCAGCUGUUUGACUUGAAGCUCACAGACCGUGUCAAUAUGCGUAUGGUUGGAGUCCCAGAGAUGUCUUUGGAUCACUGGGCCAAUCAGUUCGUUGCAAAGGGUUACAAGAUCGCUCGGGUUGAUCAGGUCGAAACUGCUCUGGGCAAAGAAAUGCGUGAGAAAGAGGGAACUAAGAGUGGAGGCAAAUCCACCAAGGUCGCCAAGAUCAUCAAUCGAGAAUUGGCAUGCGUUUUGACUGGUGGAACCUUAGUGGAGGGAAGCAUGUUACAGGAUGAUAUGGCAACAUUCUGCGUUGCUAUCAAAGAGUCCACCGUCGAUGACCUGCCAGCAUUUGGAAUCUCAUUUGUGGAUACUUCAACUGGACAGUUCUUUCUGUCGGAGUUUAUUGACGACCUGGACUUGACAAAGUUUGAGACCUUUGUUGCUCAGACCAGACCACAAGAGAUAUUGCUUGAGAAAUCAUGCAUCUCCAACAAAGCUCUACGCAUUCUCAAGAACAACACAAAUCCAACCACGAUUUGGAACUACCUCAAACCUGGAAAGGAGUUCUGGCCAGCCGACACAACAAGACGCGAGCUUGAUUGCAGCGGCUACUUCAUUAAAGAUGAAUCUGAGGGCAAGGAAGUUUGGCCCGAGGUGCUUGAAGAGGGUAGAAAUAAGGAUCUUCUGAUGUCUUCAUUUGGUGCUCUGACUGAAUACCUCAGAACCCUCAAACUGGAACGUGAUCUCCUCUCCCAAGGAAACUUUACAUGGUAUAAUCCGAUUCAGAAGGGAACCACGCUGGUUCUCGAUGGCCAGACUCUCAUAAAUCUCGAAGUUUUCGCGAACACCUUUGAUGGUAGUCAAGAUGGCACGCUAUUUACGCUGCUCAAUCGUUGCGUGACACCGUUCGGAAAACGCAUGUUCAGGCAAUGGGUUUGUCAUCCUUUGGCUGAUGCCAAGCGGAUUAAUGAGCGCUUGGAUGCCGUGGAUAUGCUGAAUGGCGACCGGUCUUUGAGUGAUAAGUUCGUCGGCUCGAUGACCCGGAUGCCAGAUCUAGAGAGAUUGAUAUCUCGUAUUCAUGCUGGGGUGUGCAAACCAGACGACUUUGUCAGGGUCCUCGAUGGUUUUGAGCAGAUUGAGUACACGAUGGGCCUUCUAGGCUCUUUUGGUGGUGGGGAUGGAAUUGUCGAUCGUCUGAUUGAUGCGAUGCCAGACCUCAAAGGGCCUCUGGAAUGGUGGAAGACGGCCUUUGAUCGAUCCAAGGCCAGGGACUUCAAGCUCCUGAUACCUGAACGCGGCAUUGAAGAAGAGUUCGAUGGGAGCCAGGAUCACAUCGAAGAAAUAGAGGCUGCUUUGGAGAAAUUCUUGCAGAAGAAACGGAAGGAACUGGGAGGAAAUUCGGGCAAGAUCAAGUUCAAAGACAUUGGUAAGGAAGUCUACCAACUCGAAGUUCCAGCUUCGAUCAAAGUGCCCAAAGACUGGCAGAUGAUGUCUUCGGCAGCAGGAUUCAAGCGAUAUUACAACACCGAGUUGAAGAGUCUUAUCCGACAGCUUCAGGAAGCUCAAGAGACUCAUGGUCAAAUCGCGAAGCAAGUUGCUGGGAGGCUUUAUGCUAGGUUUGACCAAGACUACCAGACUUGGCUGGCGGCAGUCAAAGUUAUCGCUCAACUCGAUUGCUUGAUCAGUCUCGCAGCCGCUUCAGCAGCUUUGGGAGAACCAAGUUGUAGGCCAACUUUCGUCGAAGCCGAAAGAAGUGUCGUCGAGUUCGAGGAGCUUCGACAUCCUUGUAUGCUCCCAAAUGUCACCGACUUCAUUCCUAAUGAUGUCAAGCUGGGUGGAGAAGCACCAAACAUCAAUCUCUUGACCGGAGCUAACGCCGCCGGUAAAUCUACAAUCUUGCGAAUGACCUGCGUGGCAGUAAUCAUGGCUCAAAUCGGCUGCUACGUUCCCUGCGUCUCUGCGACCCUUACUCCUGUCGACCGCAUAAUGUCCCGCCUCGGCGCCAAUGACAACAUCUUUGCGGCGCAGUCCACCUUCUUCGUCGAGCUCUCAGAAACUAAGAAGAUUCUUGCAGAAGCCACGCCCCGCUCCCUCGUGAUCCUCGAUGAACUUGGUCGCGGUACAUCCUCGUACGAUGGUGUCGCAGUCGCACAAGCCGUUCUACACCACGUGGCUUCCCAUAUCGGCUGUGUAGGCUUCUUCGCUACGCAUUACCAUUCUCUUGCUACAGAAUUCGCGAAUCACCCCGAGAUUGUAGGGAAGAGGAUGCAGAUCCAUGUUGAUGAAGAUAAUCGGCAAAUCACGUUCCUGUAUAAACUUGAAAACGGUGUAGCGGAAGGCAGUUUCGGUAUGCAUUGUGCAGCCAUGUGCGGCAUUCCAAACAAAGUCAUUGAUCGCGCGGAGGUAGCGGCUAAGGAGUGGGAACAUACUUCGAGACUCAAGGAGAGUCUGGAGCAAGCGAGGAGUGGAUGUUAUAUUCCGUUGGGGGUACAGAGUGAUGUUGCGUGGGUGCUGAGGGAUGCUGUGGGAAUUGAGGAUAGGGGAUUGGAGGUAUUAAUCAAGGCUAUUGAGGGGUUGUAG